GCUACCACACUUUUGCCUGUUUCCCGUUUGUCUGUUUUUCCCUUUCAGCAUCUCAACAUGCCUGAGCCCGCCAAGUCUGCGCCCGCCCCGAAGAAGGGCUCCAAGAAGGCGGUGACCAAGGCCCAGAAGAAGGACGGGAAGAAGCGCAAGCGCAGCCGCAAGGAGAGCUACUCGGUGUACGUGUACAAGGUGCUGAAGCAGGUGCACCCCGACACCGGCAUCUCCUCCAAGGCCAUGGGCAUCAUGAACUCGUUCGUCAACGACAUCUUCGAGCGCAUCGCGGGCGAGGCUUCUCGCCUGGCGCAUUACAACAAGCGCUCGACCAUCACGUCCCGGGAGAUCCAGACGGCCGUGCGCCUGCUGCUGCCCGGGGAGCUGGCCAAGCACGCGGUGUCCGAGGGCACCAAGGCCGUCACCAAGUACACCAGCUCAUCUCAACGCUUUCUUCACCCAAAGGCUCUUUUCAGAGCCACCUAAAGCUUCACAAUUAAGAGCUAUGCACUUUCUGAGACCACAGUGUUAAUAUUGACUUUUUGUUACUAAGGAAGUGUCCCCUAAGAGGCCCUCUUGGGUUACUAGAAAACUCCCAAAUAGCUUGGCUUCUAAAUUUCGGUAUUGGAGCAGUAAGCUCGGGACUAUUAGUUUAAACCUUCUCAUGCUAAGCGAAUGUUAGGUGUAUACCCUUGGCGUCUCCCGGAGGUGAAACAGGAAGGGACCUCGGCGCGAUCGCUUAUUUCCGGGCUUUUAAAUUAUUCCCUGGGAAUUUAACACAGUCGGAGUGAAAACUUGGGUUUACCACCACCCGGUUUAGCUAACUUAACAUAAGUCCCUCUCUUCUGUCUCCCCAUUUCGUCCAGUACGCAAGCUUGUUGGUUCGGUGUUUGUUACCCGGCUCUUGGUGACGCUCAGGUCGCCAUUUUAUGUGGCGCCACAUUGUAUAGACACAUCUAAGCUCUGCUCAGCUCGGCUUGCUGAAAGCGAAAGUAUUCUUGAAGCGCCCGUUCGGGCGUCUACCUCUACAGAUUCCUUCCUGACCUGGAGCUUUUGAAUCUUAAGACUUUUACAUAUGAAUUGGGUUGUGUGAGAAGCAGCAAUAUUUCCAUUUUAAAAACUUACUUUGCUUUUUUAAUUACAGGAAAUGGUGAAAGGGGUUUGUUUGUAAAACUAAACGAUAAAAAGUAGGCAGCCCUGGAAGCAUUUAAUUUCCUUCUUCCUGUUCUUAAGCUGCUGGGUAUUUUUUAAACACCAAGAAAAUUCCCACACCGGUCUCCUGCCUUGUUUGGUAAAUAAGACCUGAAAAAAAAAAUUCCUAGCAUUCAGACACAUCUUUAUUUACAGUAAAAGCUUCGGAAUGUUAGGUGUGGCUCCUUGACGAGCCUCCAGAGUCUGUCGCUUCUAAAUUCAGCAAUUUUGUAGCUAUGCUUCCCAACAGGGAGGGACCCUGACCGAAGGUGAGGAAGAAAGUAUGAAGUACGAUAUCAGGGGGGCUGGGGAUGGAACUAAAAUCCCAGUUCCACUGAGCUAUAGUCCUGCCUCCAGGCUCUUCAAGGUCUGCUUCCCGAGGCUGGGUUAGUACCUUUAGCCCAGCUCCCUAGGCCUCUCUUUAAAAGUUAAGUAAAUAAAAAAGAUACAAACUAUCCAUUUUAAAGUAAUAAAAUUGCAUCUUCAAUCCAGUAGGCUUCUCAGCAGGUAAAGUUAUUAGCCACCAAGCCUGAAGACCUGAAUUGUGUCCACUAUACCCAAAUGGCACUCCAAAAAACACCUAACCUACACAGAUAUCCCAUGCAAGGGAGCACACACAGAUAAAUGGUUUCUUUUCUUUUCUUUUUUUUUUU